UUAAUAUUAAAAAAAAUUAUAUGAAUAUAUAGGAUGAGUUCAAGCUCUAAUGCAGAUCAAAGAGGGAGAGGUAAAAAUAAACAUUAUUGGACACCAACACAAGACAAUGUAUUGAUUGAAUGUCUUCUAGAGUUGAGUCAAAAUUCAACAUGGCGAGCUGAUUCUGGAUUUAAGAAUGGAUAUUUGCAACAAAUGGAGAUUAUGUUAGAGGAAAAAUUACCAGGCUCGAAGUUGAAGGCCUCACCUCAUAUUGAAUCUCGUAUUAAAAAUUUGAAGGGGAAGUAUUCUUGCUUGGCAGAAUUAUUAUCUUUAAGUGGUUUUAGUUGGGACAAUGAACAUUCUUUAUUAUUGUGUGAGAAAAGUGCAUUUGAUGAGUAUGUGAAGAAACGAAAAGAUGCAAGUGGAUUAUAUGGGAAACCAUUUCCUUAUUACAACAAGCUAGCAGAAAUAUAUGGACGAGAUCGAGCUACUGGGACAAAUGCUGGUAAUGCUGAUGAUGAUGAAGAAGAAAUACGCCAAAAUGAUGCAACUGGUGUAGAAUUUGGAGUUGAUGAUAAUAUAGAUGGCGGUGAGGAUGAUGAAGAAAUAGAUGAAUUUGAUGGUGUCUCACAUACUCAACAACCAACUAAUAUGCGUCGUAGAUCUACUGAGAGUACUACUAGUAACCAACAACGUGGUAAGAAUAAAAAAACUAAGGUUAUGGAUGAAAUUUCUACAAAUGUUGGUGCCUUAGCAGAUUCUAUAUCUAAUAUUGUCCCGAAGUUUCAAGGAUUAAUUGAUGCAAUAUCUGAUAAGGAUGUAGCUGAGAUGCAAACCAAUCUAUUCACAGAAAUAAGCAAGAUUAAUGGCCUAACUCCAAUGCAGUGUAUUCAAGCAACCAACAUAUUGGCUAAAGAACCUCCAUUGAUGCGAGUGUUUUAUGCAAUAUCAGAUGAGAUGAAACUGCUAUAUAUCCUGAAUAUGUUGUAAAAUGAUGCAUAAUUUUAUAAUUGCUAGAUAUUUGGAAUUUUGUUUAUCUUUAUGUUUCACAUUAGAAUAUUUUCAUGUGGAGAUUUUAUUUAUGGUUUGGUCAGAUAUUGUUUAAUUGAAUAAUAUGAGGAUACUUUUUUUAGCA